AUGUGCGGAUUCGACACCACCCUCUUGUACACGGUCUGUGGCUGCACGGACGUCGACCCGGCCUCGGCACCCUGGCAGUGCGCCUGCCCGCAGGAGGGCUGCCACGGCUUCGGCGUGAGGUCCGUCUACGACAUCUGCCCGCUGGCCAAGCGCGCCGUUGUCUUCGACAGCUUCGGCACCCCCUACGAGUGCGGCAUGGGCCGCGACCCCCGCCUCGCCGAGACCUGCACCGAUCGGGGCCUCGACGCCGCCGUGCGCGACUAUGUCGAGCACAACGAUCCCUUGCGCUGGAUGCUUACGUCCCCGCAUUGGAGCGGCUGGUAUGACAUUGCGCUCGAUCUGCUGUUUGGUCCCAAUGAAUAUGAUGUGUCUCUGUAG